AUGUUGAACUCUAACUUGGUUUCUCUCCCUCCUUCCAUGCUUCACAAGAUUCUCUCUAAGGUAGCAACAAAUCAUCUCCGGGACUUCAAUAGUGCAAGAGUUGCAUUACACGCCUUCAAUCAAAUUGGCAGAGAAGAAUACUUUUACAUAUCUACAGAUCUUAUUCUCUUCAAUGACUGGAUUGAGAAGGGAAAAAAUCGUCUUGCUGGUGAGAGGAGAUUUUUGUUGGCCAAGUACGUUGAUGAUAUGCUCAACUUAGCAUUUAGUGUUGAUGAUAGAGAACUGGUUCACAACUUUCGUAAUUUUAUACGUGAGUUUGCUGAUUAG